AUGCCUUCCUAUCUUGUUACUGGCGCUAGCCGCGGUCUUGGAUUCGAAUUCGUCCGCCAUCUUUCUCAAAACCCAAAUAACACAGUGAUCGGACUAGUUCGUGAUAAAGCUGCAGCGGACGCCAAAGCCAAGUCCGAGGGCGUGACUGUCUAUAUGGUUGAAGCCCAAUACACUGAUCUUUUAUCCUUGAAGAAUGCUGCAGAAUCUGUCAAAAGUAUUACCGGGAGAGGUCUAGACUACUUGAUCCACAACGCCGCUGUUCUUUCGCACAUAAGUGCUCUCAAAACCUUUGGUGAUUUUGAUGAUGACUUCGAGACUUUGGAAAAGGACCUCUUGGAAUCCCUAAAUGUCAACCUUCUCGGAUAUAUCAAAACGGUGCAAGCCUUUAUUCCUCUCAUCCGAGAGGGCAAAAAAAAAAACAAGGCUGCUCUCAAUGUGGCCGUUGCCAAAUACAACGCCCUGUAUAACCAGGACGGAAUCCUUUUCCUCGCCAUCAGCCCUGGAGUUGUGUCGACCGAGCGAAGUAGAGAGACGAACCCAGAGGAUGCUGAAAAGCUUCAAGCGUUAGCGAGCAAGUUUGUUGCGUAUGCACCGCACUUCAGUGGACCUAUAAAUCCUGAAGAAUCCGUCUCUGCAUUUCUUUCUGUGGUUGAUAAACUCUCCGUAGCUAAUGGGGACGGUGGUGCUUUUAUCUCGCAUCUGGGAAAUAAGCAAUGGGUGUAA